AUGUUGGAAGACGUCGAAGUCCAACUUCAUUGGCGCUGCUGGGCGCAUUUGAAGCCUGGCCUGUGGAAGAGCUUCCAAAGCUUCAAAGCUUGCUGGGCAACGGCACGGCACGGCACGGCACGGCACGUCACGGCACGGCACGGCAAAGGCAACGGCAACGGCAACGGCGGACAGUCGGCCGACCGCUGCACUGCAUUGCGGACCUCGAAGGCUCACCACCGAGACCAGAGCCAGAACCAGAACCAGAACCCAGCCCAGCGCUCGCAUCCCACAGUAGUCACACUCACCGUCCUGCACACCGCUUGCGCUUUCCGCCUGCAUGCAUCGCCGGUGAGGGUCUCUCACCAUGGCGCUGCAAUGUUCAAGGCAUCACGAUCACGACCCGUGCCUUCCAAGGCCACCCUACGCGUCCUCUACCAGCUCGCAUACAUUUCUUCCGGUACCGCCGCCGGCAUUGCCACCCUUUGCACAGAGGAGAGGAGACGCCAGACCGCUGUUGUUCAGAAGAUAGCAGACAAUGCGAAGCGCAUACGCCAGAGUCCGCGAUACAGACGCCAUUCCACCGCUGCCCUCGCUGUGAAUGACACAGAAUACCGCUUUCAGCACGUCGGCCCUGAUGAGGACAGCAGCCAGUAUGCAGCCCCUGAGCAGGACUCAGCCAUGGCAGGCAUGCUCGGAGAGCGCUCCCGACAUUGCACAGAUCAUCGCGGUGCGCAUGCCUCUGACUUGCCCUCCGCCGUGCAGAAUGGCUAUGAGCAGCUCGUGAACAAGCGCCGAGGACGCAAGAGGCGGCGCAACGAGAAGAGCAGCUCCGAGCCAGAUCAUGACUUCGCUGCAAACGGUGCGGCGGCUAAUUAUCCCAAAGCCAACGUGGCACUGCGGAGCAACGUGCUUCUCAGAGUCCGGGAAGAUGCCAUUGCGCAUUCGAACGAUAUCGUUCGUUCGUAUGAGAGGCCCCUUCAGGCAUCCCGUUCUGCUCAAGAAACACACCACAGUGACAAGAUUCCAGCAAUACCCCAAUCGACAUUUCGCUUUGCGAGCUACCGGAAAGGCAAUAUUUGCCCGAGACCAGACAUUGUCAAACGCGAUGUUGAUGACUUCUUCAUGCAUCUCACGCGAGAAGCCGCACAUCGCUCACAAAACCGGAGUCGAAAAGCCCAGGCUGCUGACGUCUUGCUACUCGCCGCCCUUCACCAUAGAUUAUUCGCUGAGGUCCGCUCGCUGUCUCUCUGGAAAGCUUUGAAUUCACAGCUGUCUGAAAAGGAUGUCCGCCGAAUAUGCGAGACAUCCAAGGCUCUUCUGCGGAGCAAGGGUACGCCAGAGUCCUGGUUUGAAUUCUACAAGCACCUCUUUAACAGCCCGGCCUUUCUGGAGUGUAGUGCCGACAUUCGUGCUGCUGCAUUAGUCGAGGUGAUAUCGGCGUGGUCGACAGUGGCUGACAAAUCGCAAAUGGACUUGGUCAAGGGCUUUGGGAUCAGCAACAUACCUACGGAUGCAUUGGAACAACCUUUGGUUGAGAUUUGCGACAAGAUGAUUGCGAAUGGUCAAUGCAAGGAAGCAGCAUUCGUGCUGUCCUCCAUCUCCACACACAGCAAGGCUAUCUUCCUGGAAACUCACAAUAUGGUGUUGUCACAUGCACUCGAGAAUGGAGAAAUCGUGGCUGGCAUCGAACUGCUGAAAUGCAAAUAUAGUGCCAUCCUCACCGCUGAUCAGAACCUACGCAUUGCUGGGGGUGAUUCUCUCUACUCUUUCCAGGAUGACCCCUUACUCUUGCAACAAUGCAGCUCCAUAGCCAUUGAAUGCGGCAGAAAGAAAGCGUAUGCCAAUCUGCGAGCUUUGUUCUUUGCUCCUAGUCGAGGGGCUCCGAGGGACAGUCUGCUUCUGAAGCUCGAAACUCAAGCACGGGUUCAUCUAGCCAUCGCUUCUGCCUCUUCUCGGCGACACGCUGGCGAGCGGUUUCGUGCCUUGCGAGAGUCUGUCGACCCUGUGUCGCAAAGACAGAUUGACGAGGGUUAUCUCGCCAUACGACUGAAGAGAGUGUGGGAGGCCACGCGCAACCUCGACCAGGUAUUUAAUCUGUACGAAGCAUACCCUCGCAAGUUUGAGAUCUUUAGCCAUGCAGAUGCUAUCGUUCCAGGCACUGCUACGAUGGUCGAGAUCUGUACACUCGCAAAGCAACCCGAUCGCGCUCUUUCUUUACUUCGGUCUGGUAGUAACAGUCAGCAUAGCGACAAGGACGCACUUUCCCUGGCAGCUAUCAUCCUUGCUGAGAAAUCCUCCUGGGAAGAAGUCCAGAAUAUCUUGCAGGAGAGCUCAGCCUCACAAUCCACCAUCACCGACCACGAUAUCAACGCUCGCCUCAAUUAUGUGAUCCAUCUGUAUAGCAAGCAGCACUCAGCAGCGGAAAGCUGGACUUUCGUAACUUCCAUGAUGCGCCUACUCGGAUUCAUCCCGGAUUCGACAACGAAUAAGACAUUACUCCGCUGCUUCGUUGCUAGCGGGAAACUUGAUCUCGUGGCGAAAUGGGACACUUAUCUGCAGCAAGUCGGCCUCAAGUUCGAUCUGGACAGUCGCCUCGCUGCAUCACUCUUGUUCGCGUUCUGGCGUGAGCGACGACCUCCGCAUGUGCUGCUCAUGUGGUUUUGCAGAGCUCUCUGUGCCUUUGACGGCGUCUCAUUUACUGCUGCGGACUUCAAGUACGUAAUACGCGCAGCAAUUUCUUUUGACAUCAGAGAACUCGAUGCCCAGAAUAAGCGCAUGAAGUUCUAUCUCGCCGUCGAGAAUUUAGAGAAAGUCGAGCAAUUUCAAGGUGCCAUACCGAGACCGGCAACUGAGGUAGAUUACGCCCGUCUGGAGGGAGAAACCACAAGGCAUGGGCAGCGGUUUGUGGAGAAGCUGACUCGUCGCGCACAAGCUGUAAUGCGUGACGUAUCUAAUGCGGAUGAUAUUCACAGUGGCGACCCGCUGCCUACCAGCCUAGCCGCUGAUAAAGGGCUCCAUGCCACUGAUACUGCUGCGUCGGCACUUGCGAUCAGGGACCUCCACGAGUUGCGGCGCUUCUUUGCAGAGCGUGACGAGGCAGAGCGUGACGAGGCACUUCCUGAAAUUGCAAAUCAUGGUGUCAUCGGAGACAACGGGAAAGUGAGCUCCACACGUUACGAUAGCUCGUUUCAUACACGGAUCGCUGCCCAGCAAAUGGUCGUAGAAAUGUCAAUGCAGAGAUACCAGAAGGUUCUUGAUCUCUAUGCGUCGUCAAGCUCGAAUGGAUUACCAGCCUCACCUCGGACAUUGGAAAUCGCUGUAGAAGCCCGUAUCCGCUUGGACAAGGGCGAUGCUGCCGGAGCCGAGCAACUCCUCCACGAAGCACGACAGGCUGGAUUUGACGUGAGUUGUGCAAUGGGUUCACUAUUGAUUCACAAAAUGCAUCAUUCAUCUCCUGCAUGCAGGAAAGAUGCGGAAGCUCUACGACGAAAGGUCAUCGAUUACUAUCGCAUGAAUGAUGAAAAUGGCUGGGAUGUUGGACAUCAUGUUGGAGUCACGGCAGCUAAUACCCUCAUCAACAACAACCGUGCUGAACAUGGAAUUAACCUGCUCAAUGCCAUUUACCAGUCUGAGUGGACAAGACAUCGGCCUCUCAAUAUUGUGGCCAUGACAGUCUACGUCAAAGGCUACGCAGCACUCCAGCAUAAACACGGUGUGCGGUGGGUCAGAGGCGCAUGUCCCAGAGACUGGAAACGAAGAAGUUGGGCGAACGUCUGA